CCCACCACUCCAGUUUAAAGCCGCCGCUUGACGAUGCCGCCGACAGAGACGAUCCGGUAAUCGAUCCGGACGACAAUGGCGGCGCCCACGUUAGCCAGCGGCGUUCGUGUUCCCGUCUGGGACAAGACCGCUCGCGUCUUCCUCUGCCUCCUCGGCGUCUUCUUUUCCCUGCUCGCCCUGCGCAUCCCUCACGAUGCCGCCGAGGAAGAGGGCGGCGGGAGGGCAGCGGCGGCGCGCUGUGCGUCCGUGGCGGAGUGCGGGGCGGAGACUAGGUGGAGGAGAGGCUGUGGCCUGGUGGAGCUGCUCUUGGGAGAGCGGCAAAUCCUCACUCUGCCAAACAGCAUCCUAGGCCUGCUGUUCUACCUGAUGCAGUUACUACUGGGUCUGACGAGCAGUGCGACGGCGGCUGUUCUCCUCUUCGCGACGUCCAUCGGCUCGGCGCUGGGCUCCGCCUACCUGGCGACGUCGCUGCUCCUCGCGGGUCUCCUGCGGGCCGUCUGCGGCGCCGUCUACGCCGUCAACCUCCUGCUGCUGGGCCUCAACUACAAGCGCCUCGUCUUCCUCAACGCCGCCUGGACCACGCAGCAGCAGCAGCAGCAGCGGCGGGAGGGGGAGGAGGAGGAGGAGGAGGGGGAGGAGCCGCGGCGGGCGGAGGGGGAGGAGCAACGGCAGCGGCAUUGCAAGAGUCUCUAGCGCGCGGGAGGGGACUCUGGCGCGUGGGAGGAGUGGGGGGGA